AUUUCUUUCAGGCACAGCGGCAGGCGACCGUUGCACAAAGAGGAAGCCCAACAACAUUAUUAUUUUGCCUCCCUCUCUCAGAUUUUUAAUAUUUUGACCAGUGAACCCCUCGGGUUGCUAUAAAUAAUUGGAUUUUAAAUUGUCACCAAGUGUGCUGUUUACCUUUGCCAUCCUCAAUUCAUCAACUACUAUUCAUCAAUUACUAUUUUUUUAGUAAUUAGUAUUUUAUUGCAGGAGAGGAGAUUCCUGCUGUGACUUGUUGAUGUUAUUAUAACAUUGUUAUAUAAAGUCGAUUGAAUUAUUAUAGGACGGCACCAUGUCAAGCACUAACAGACGUCGGCGUUCGAUUUUGAAAUCCACGCGAAAUUCCAUCCUGAAUGUGGCUAUGGACGAUAGCGCAAAUUUGAGCGGAUGCAUCCCAUUCAACGACAGGAAACGGGUUAGCUUUGGACAUAAACAGAUUAAGGAAUUUCAACCUGUUUUCAACGCAGAAAGUCCUCCCACGAAUGUAAAUAUGAUUGGAAAUGGGGGUGGAGAAAAAAAUAUUAAUGUUACUUCACACGCUUCAGCAAAUAUGGACCUGACUUUCAAUUAUUCAGAAAAUAUGAAUACUACUUUCAAGUACCCGGCAAGGAUGGAUGUUACUUCGUACGCUUCAACAGAUAUGGACCUUACUUCAUACACUCCAGCUAACCUGGAUACUACUUCAUAUUCUCCUGCCGAUAUGGAUAUCACUUCAAACUUUCCGAAUCUUAAUUUUACGUCAUAUUCUCCAACUAAGGAGGACGCCACUUCAUAUUCUCCAGCAAAUAUGAACCUGACUCUACGCCCUUCGGCUAACAAAGACAUUACCACAUAUUCUCCAGCAAAUAUGAAUGUUACUUCAUAUUCUACGGUCAAUAAGGACGUCACAUAUUCUCCACCAAAAAUGAACCUGACUCUACGUCCUUCGGCUAACAAAGACAUUACCACCUAUUCUCCAGCAAAUAUGAAUGUUACUUCGUAUUCUACAGUCAAUAAGGACGUCACAUAUUCUCCACCAAAAAUGAACCUGACUCUACGUUCUUCGGCUAACAAAGACAUUACCACAUAUUCUCCAGCAAUUAUGAAUGUUACUCCAUAUUCUCCAGCUGUUAUGUCGUCUCCAGCCUUUCAAACGCGAUCCAGGGCAAAGUUGCAAUCUGCACUCCCUAUCACGGCUCUCUCUUCACCGCAAGCCAUCAACCCCGUUCAGUCCAACGUAUUUCGAAAUAAAAAAAACAACAAACAAGUUAUUAGCACUGUUUUCACCACUUUCAAGACUCCCAAACGGAAACGCAGAAAAUUAGAUUUGGUGUCUUCCCCUAGCACUGAUGCAAUUAAUACUUCAAACAAGGUAGAAAUUGCACAGAAACAGAUGCCAAAUAUCCUUAACAAUGCAACAGGUCACUUGCCUCCUCUGGUACUUCCUCAACCCUCAUUUAUCAGUAACUCUGAAAUACCACAACAAAUAAUACCAAAUUGGCCUAGAUCUAUUAUUAUAACUGCUGAAGUUGGGACACAGAUAACUCCACAAAAGAUAAUGCAAGAAGAUCAAAAAUCACAAACAAUCAGUGAUCCUGCCCAAGCUUGCUCAAUGGAUAUUCCCACAACAGUCUGUGAGAAAAUGCAAUUAGGGCAAAAAUCUUACCAACAGGCUGAACUAUGUGACGCUGAAAAUGUCCGAACCGACUUUUCAAGUUUGCGAUCAAAUGUUUCAUGGGCCACAUGCAAUUCUGACAUCACUGGUAAUUUACUGAGUGAACAAGCAAGUGAACAAGUAAAUUUUUUUACUCACCAGAAACAGCAGGACUUUGAAGAUUCUGGACUAGAAAAUGCCUUUAAAGAAGCUUUGACAAUUCCUUCAAAUCGCAACAGCUUUGUCAAAACAGAUCCACUGAAAUCCACUCAACAAACAUGCCCUAAUUUUGAUCCACCUGAAACAACCUUCAUAUGUAAAAGGAAUGACCAAUCUGAAGAAAUGCUUGCAAAUCAACAAAAUCCUUUCUUUAAUAACAAUGACUGUGACACUACUGAGUUGGAUGAAACAACAGAGACUUCACGACCACCACUACUAAAUCCGCUCAAUCUUAGCCAAGAAUUGCUUCAGUUUGUAGAGAGAAAUUCUGCGGUUACUGGAGGCCAACGGCUUCGAACAAUUGAAAAUGUUAUGCCAGAAAUUGUAAAUAUGCCCCCUGAAAUGUAUAAUCAAUUUAAAACGCUGUAUAUUGAAAGGUUUCAACAUUUGUACUGGGAAGCUAUUGAAACGCAUCGUCGAAUGGUAAUCCAAUUUGGAUCGAGUAUGUUGCCUUCGUCUAGAAGGAAUAUAAAAGAUUAAUUCAAAUUCAUAAGGUAUAUAUUUUUGUGUGUCAGUGGUCUCAUCUUUUAGUAUGCUAUGAUAAUUUUAUAGAUUUACCACAGCGCUGUAUGCUGUGAAAACCCUACCAAAUGUUCAUUCUUAAUUACUACCGGUCUUAAUUACUAAUUCUGUACCAAUUGUAUACAAUUGCUUUAUAAUGUACAAGUGCAAUAAAUCUGCUUAGAAUUCUUAAGAGUUCAUAUACAUGUA